AUGUUUUAUAAUGACGAGGAAGAAGAAGAUUGGGGAGAUAAAAAUGAAAAAGAUGCAGAAGAUGAAUUUUAAGACUUAAAUCCUAGUGAACACAAAAAAAGAAUUCCUAAUAACAAAGCAAAACUAUAACCAAAACCAUAAAAGAAAAAGAAAGAUAUAUAAGAAUGUGAAUUUGCUAUUGAUGAUCCAAUAAAAAGAAGAUAAUUAGCAAAUUAUUAGCAUGUUCCUAUAAGAUUAGAAGCAGGAGAGAAGAUGAAUAUAAAUGUUUAAUAUGAUGAUGGAUAAGUUAGGAAAUUUGGUUAAUAAAGUAUAUUAAUUAUAUCUAUAGAUAGAGGCUUUUGAAGAAAAGUUGAUUCCAAUAUCUAAGAGUGGAACUUUCAUUUAUGAGGCAUCAACAGGAAAGUUAGAAAAAAAGAAUCCUGGAAGACCUAGAGAAGAUACUAGAUCUUUGUUUGAUGAUCCUAAACUAUAAAAAAUGAGAAACAAUUAUGUACCAAAACUAUUAUAAAGAAUAACUACUAAUAAUACAAAAGAAGUAGAUGAAGAAGAAGGUGUAUAAGAUCCUGGAGUUUCAUGGAAACCUGUUAAAAGUGUACAUGAAGUACCAGAAUCAUUUUAUAUGAGAUAAGUCUUUGAUAAAUAAUUUAGUGGACCUAGGUCUAUUGAUAAAAAUAAAAUAAAAUCAGAAUAUGAUGCUUUUAGAUUAUUUUUUGAUAAUGAUAUCUAUAAUACAAUAAUCAAACAUACAAGAGAAAGAUAUUAAUAGAAAGUAGAAGAAUAAAUUUAUUCAUAUAUUCAUGGAAUGGUUCAUAUGGGAAUUAGAGCUAAAAAACCUUCUUUAAUGUAAUGGGAAUUUACUGAAUAUGAAUUAGAAGCUUAUUUUGCUGUUUAAAUAUUUUUUGGUAUUGUAAGAUUAUCAAACUAAAGAGAUUAUUGGAAAUCUUCUGCAAGAUAGAAACCUAUCAAAAAGGCUGAAACAGGAAGAAGAAAAUUAAGAGAAUUGGCUUAAGAAAAAAUGGAUAGAUAUGCUCAUUGGGUAACUUAAAGAAUGAGUUCUAUAGUCAGUUAUGAAAAAUUUAAAACUAUUAGAAAUUGUUUAAAUAUUAGUGGAGCUGAAGCUUUAAAAUUAAAGGGUAGAGAUCCCAUAUGGAAAAUCAGAGAUUUUUUAAAUUAAAUGAAUAUGAGAUUUGCUAAAUAUUAUUAUCCAGGAGAAUUCAUUACUAUUGAUGAGGGUAUGAUUCCAUUUGCAGGAAAGGUUCAAUUUAAAGUUUAUAAUCCAGAUAAACCUACUAAAUGGGGUAUUAAAGAAUAUCUAUUAUGUGAUGCAUCUAAUACUUAUACAUUUUAAUUAAGAUUGUAUCAUGGUUAAACUAUGUGGAAUAAUGAUUUUAAAUAAACAAUGUUUGUAAAUGAAGAAGACACAUAACAUAGAACUAUGGAAUUAGUAUUAUAAAUGUGUAAGGAUUAUGAACAUAAAGCACAUAAAGUUGUUAUGGAUAAUUAUUAUUCUAGUUGGAUGUUAUUUAGAGAAUUAAGAAAUAGAGGUAUUGGUGCAGUUGGAACUAUUAGACAUAAUAGAGUAAAAUAUUAAUUAUUAUUAUUAUUAGACUGGUUUAACUAAAAAAGAUUUGACUUCAAAACAUUUUCAAUAAAUUUAUAAUCAAUAUCAUUAUGCUUAUUAUUUGAAUUAAUCAAAUGAACUUAUGCUUAUGUAUUUCUAAGGAACAAGUGAAAAGGAAAUUGCUUUAAUUUCUAAUUUCCUUGAUAAUUCCUUAAAUGAAUAACACAUGUGGGAUAUUAGUAAAUAACAUUAUUAUGUUCCUCAUUUAAAGGCUCCUUAUAUGAUGUAUGUUUACAAUAAAUACAAAGGAGGAGUGGAUAGAAGAAAUUCAUAUGUAGUAAAAUAUAGAUCUAGAUUUCCUGCAAAGAAAUGGUGGUAAAGUGUUUUUGAAAGACUUUUUGAAACUGCUAUUUUAAAUGCUUAUUUAAUUUUUAGAAGUUAUAAUCCUGAAUCAUCAUAUAGAAAUAAAGGAUAAAUGAGAGAUUUUAGAAUUAAUUUAAUGUAUUAAUUUGCUGAAAGAUACAAAUCAUAUGAACAUUAAUAAGAGGAAAAUGGAAAAAAUAGAUUCUCAUAUUUUGCUAAGAUUUAACCUCACACUUUUAUUGAAGGUGAAGAAAUUGUAAAAUGUUCAGAAUGUGGAAAUGAAACAAAAGUAUUUUGUCAAGAAUGUACAAUACUUAAAGCAGAAGUUGUAGGAUUAUGUCAUGAAAAAGAUACUAUAAAAUGUUAAAGAUUUCAUGAAUUUAUGGAUUUUGAACUUGAUAAAAACAAAGAAGUUAUUGAUAAACGUAAAGGUAAAGAUCCUUACAAACCAAACUUUUUAGAAAAACUUAAUUAAAGAACUAAUACUAAAAAUAAUUAAUAAAGUUAAAAAAAAGAAAGUCCUUUAGUUAAUUUAUUAAAUAAGAUUAAUGAUUAAAUUAAAUAAGAAGCUAGAGUUAAAUAAGAAAUUAAAAGAGAAGAUAAUACAAAUGCUAAUAAAUAAACAACUUAUACUAUUCCAGAAGUAAAAUCUGAAGAUGAAUCUUCUACAGAUUCUGAUAUUUAUAUAUAAAGAACUACAAAUUAAAGAUUAAUUGAAAUACAUUAAAAAAUUGAAUAAAUGAGUAUGUGUUCUGAAGAAUUUUUAAAUGGUUCUGUUGCAAAUAGUGAUGAAAAUUUUGCAGAAAGAGAUGAAAAUGAAUAAUUUAAUUAUUAAAAGGGUGAUGAUAAUGAUAAUUAAUUUAAUGAAAAAAAAGCUUAGUAAAUAGAUGAUGAUGAUGAUUAUGAAUAUAGAAAUAAUUAAAAUGAAGAAUAAUAAAAGGAUUUUAUAAAAAAAAUGAUGGAAUUUGCAGAUGAUGAAGAUAGUGGAAAUGAAGAAAUUUAAGAUCCAAAAGAUGAUGUAGAUUAAUUUUAUUAAUAAUUAUUAUAAGAAGAAGAAUAAGCAAUCAAAUAUUAAAGAAAGAAAUAAUUAUAAUAAUAAUUAGAAGAAGAAUCAGAAAAAUCCAAUAUUUCACAUAAAUCUAAAAAAUAAUAAAAAUUAGAAUAAAAGUUUAUAGAAACAAGUAUGAAUGGUAUUAAAAAAUCAUAAAUUUAAUCUAAUAAUGAUUUAGGAUAAGAUUUAUAAAAAAUUAUAUCUUUAUCAUAAGAUUUAAAUUUAAUUAGCAAAUAAAUAAUAGAUUCAAAAAGUGACAAUUAAAAUUCUUAGUUUGAUUAAUGA